AUGUCUCUCUCAAAGCAGCAAGCUGAGAUAAAGCAGCGAUUCAUUGACCAGCGAGGUAUCUGGGACGAGAACUGGGAAGCCAUCCUCAAGCUCAAUCCGGCAUACCUGUCCGUCUACAUCAACCUCCGUGAUGCGUCCCAAAAGAAACAGCGGCUAUCUCCCAAGGUGCAGGAAUUCAUCUACAUCGCUGUUGCGGCCUCUACAACCACCAUCCAUGAAACUGCGGUCAAAGCCCACAUCUCCGCCGCUAUCAAAUGCGGUGCCACUGCCGACGAGAUCUUCGAAGUCAUUGGCCUUACAUACCUCGUCGGCAUCCACACCGUCACGCUCGGGGCACCUAUACUCAUUGAUUUGAUGGAAGAGCUGGGGAUUGAGGGAUCGAAGUCCGAGCAGCUGAACGCGGAGAGGGAGCGCAUACGACAGGACUUCAUCCGGCAGCGCGGAUUUUGGCCUGAAACUUUCAAUCCCCUCCUGGAACUUGAUCCACACUAUUUCGAAGCCUAUACCGAUUUCUCGGGCCUGCCAUCGAAAACAAAUGUGCUAGAACCGAAAGUGCGGGAGAUCGUGACUUGUGCUUUUGAUGCGGCGACGACACAUUUGUAUGGACGCGGGACCAAGAUCCAUAUGCGCAAUGCGCUGAAGCUAGGUGCGACGCCCGAUGAGAUCAUGGAAAUGUUGGAGAUCACGAGCUUGAUGGGCAUCGAUGGAGUGACGUCCGCAGCGCCAAUCUUAGCUGCAGCGGCUAGUGCUGCUACGAAUGGCAACGCUUCCUAA